GAUGAGGUAGACCUACUGGGUAUAGGCUUUGGCCCGGCAAACCUUUCCCUCUCCAUCGCAUUACGUGAAUCACAAGAAGCAAGCGAAACUAACUUCAAGUUUCAUUUUGUGGAGAAACAACCCGCCUUCGCAUGGCAUUCAUCAUUAUUGCUACCGGGUGCACAACUACAAGUUUCACCAAUGAAAGAUCUGGCAACGAUGCGAGAUCCAACGUCUUCGUUCACAUUCACGAAUUAUUUACAUCAACAAGGUCGUUUGGCAGCAUUUAUCAAUCGAGAAGCAAGUAUCCCAAGUAGACGUGAUUGGAGUGCUUAUUUGCAUUGGGCUGCAAAACGAAUGCAAGAUUCAGUUUCGUACGGCCAAGAAGUUGUUAAUGUUGAACCGGCUGAAAUCGUUGCUGGAACAACAACACAAUCGCCAAGAGUACAAAAGUGGCGGGUAACAUUACGUUCAAUCGAAACUGGAGAAACGACGACAAUGCUUGCACGUAAUAUAACGGUGGCCGUUGGUGGUGUACCUGCCGUUCCGGACGUAUUGAGUGAAGCAUUUUAUGCGAACCCAUCACAUCUGAUUCACUCGAGUGCAUACCUGCCUUCGCUUGCAAAGAUUGAUGCAAGAUUAAACGCGAUCCAAGAUCGUCGUUUGGAGAAGCUAUCAACAGAACAUAGUACACAACAACAAACAAUCACAACUGAAUCCAUGAUUGAUAAAACCCGUCAACAAUCCGCUCCGUUGCGAUUUGCUGUCGUGGGAAGUGGACAAUCAGCUGCCGAGAUCAGUCUUCACUUACGCAACACAUUCCCAAAAGCACACGUUUCGCUCAUCUUUCGUGCUUCGGCGAUUGUGCCUUCCGAUGACUCAGCAUUCGUGAAUGCACAAGCAUUUGAUCCUGAUCGUACAGAUGCAUUUUGGCGUGCGGGAGAUGAAGAAAGAAAAGCAUGGUUGAAAGAAUACAGAAGGACAAAUUAUUCAGUCGUUCGAUCGGACGUUUUGAAUACUCUUCAUACGGAAGUAUACGAUCAAGAGAUCGAACUUGGUCAACCUUGGCCACAUGCAGAUGGACCUCCUUCUCACGGGAAAUUGCAACUUAGACCGAAUGCGCAGAUUGAUCAUAUUGAAAUCGUAAAAGAUGAGACUUCAGAAGAAGAUAUUGUCAGAUUGACAUUGAAAGAUCUAAAGUAUCCUGCCGUUCCUACCGAAGGAGUGAACGAAGAAACGGAAUCGUUUGACGCAGUAUUUUUCGGCACUGGGUUCAAGAGAGGACCUGAUUGUAUGCCUUUCCUCAAGCCAUUGCAAAGUCUCUAUCCACGUCUAGACUCUAAUGUCGAAUUAACAAAAGCAAGCCUUGGUUUUGCAAAUGAAGUUGAUAGCUUUGAAGCAUUGUCUGCACUGCAAAACGAUAGAUCAUCAGCUGAACGAUUACGACAACGAUGCCGUGGAAUCACACGGGAUUAUAGAUUAGUCAGCUAUUCAUCCGAAGCAUUUACGCACAGAAGAGAACCUUCUUCUACAAGAAUGACACCUGCUUCAUCUAAACCUGCUUCACCUUCAAUGCUGCCCAAACAAAUCAACUUUAAAAGUCAACGUUUACGCGGACCAAAGAUUGACGCAAGUAUUUAUUUCUUAGGUGGAAAUGAAGUAACUCAUGGACUUUCAGAUAGUUUAUUAUCCAUCGUUGCCCAUCGAUCGGGCGAAUUGACAAAGAGUUUAUUGAAGCGAAGAGCAUCGCUUGCCCGUUCUCAGCCGGCUGCAACGGCUGCUUCCUUACCUAGACAAACAACAACA